CGGGGAGAACGCUGUCAUUAUACGAAGAGAGAACGCAGGAAACAGACGGCGCGCGUUUGUGUUUUUUCGUCGCGUUGUCAACUGUUCGUCUUUUUGCCCUUUUCCCCCCUUUUGCUCCCUGUCUUCCCUAGAAAAGACGCCAGCAAGUGCCUCUCUUCGCCGACCGCUCUCCCCGGGGGAACGGGGUGGGUCGCUCCUCUUUGCUUCUCUCCGUCACACUUCCCCGUCGAUUUUCGAGGCUUCUCUGUGGCGACGGUUUCGACGUUCCGCGGGAAGUCUUGGCUCGCUGCGGCCUGUCUCUUGCCCCUCUGCAAAGUCGGUUUUCUCUGCGGCGCUCCGGCACCCUCUUCCCUCUCUUUGCGGUACCUCUCCCCAGGUUUUCUUCGAAUCAACCUCUGUUCUCCCGUUUCUCCCCGCCGCAGUACGCAUCGCUAAACGACUCCCAGUCGAGUCUCUUCCGUACACUCUUCGCAGCUGUCGCUUCCUACCGACAAGGACGUCCCUAUAUUGACACACACAUAUACACAUAUACAUAUAUAUAUGCAUACAAAUAGAUGUGUACAUAUGUAUGCAUGUAUGUGUGAGAGCUGCUCUUUCUUUCACCUUUCUUUCUCUUUGUUUCGCCUCUCCAGCACCAUCUGACGCUCUCUCGGCGGUCUGUUCUUUUCUGCGUCAUCUCUCAUCUCUUCUGUGUAUCCCCUGUCCCCUCUUUCUCUGCCUCUGACUGACUUACCUCUUCCCUCUUCUCGCUCUGUCUCCUCUGCCUCUCUUCUUCGAGUUUUUUUUCCUCGGUCCUCUCUUUUUUCCAACUGGAAGGAAAUGGAGAGCGGGUCGAGCCGCGGCGGAGGCCCAGGAGGGCAGGGCCUCUCGACUUCUCAGCCUGUGAGUUCGCCUGGGAACCGGUCUGCUCUCCCGUACGCGGCUUCUCCCUUUGUCCUCUCUUCGACGUUUCCUUCUUCACAUCCGCUCCCCCUGGCGCCGCCGGCUUACUCUCCGAGUCGACCUCCGUACGGAACAUUCUUCGCAGAACCAGCUGUCUCUCCGUAUCGUCCGCCCUGCGCUUCUUCUGACUCGCAAACUCCUCUCCUCGCAGCUUCCUCAAAACCUACCUGUCCUCCAGAGAACGAGAAGUCUUCUCCUUUCCUGGGGCCUCCCUCAGACUCUUCUGGAGGCAAUGCGACCCCCUCCAUACCUUCUUCCUUCUCGUCGUCGGUGCCCUCUUCUCUUCCUUCUUCUCUUCCUUCCUCUCUUCCUUCCUCUCUUCCUCCUCCUCUCCCCUCUUCAAACGCGCCGUAUCCGUCGUUUUACCCGAUGCACCCGGGGGCGCGGAACGUCUAUUUUCCUGGCUACGGUCAACCGUGGCAGACGACUGGCGCGCCGCCGUCGGGACCUGCUGCCGUCUUUCCAGCGCAGAGACUUCCGCCGCAGACUCCUCCGGGACUCGGGCCGGCUGCUGCAGCUCAGGAGACGGGGGCUGUGCAUGCGAGGACUCCCUCUGUUCUUCUCUCUGGAGAACAGACGAGGCGAGAAGGCGAGAUGCUGGGCGCGGAGAAAAUGUCUGCGGGAAAGUCGCGACGACCGAGGGAAACGACAGGCAACAACGGACCGGAGCAGGGAACUGGACAACCUGAGAGAGCCGGACCGACGCAAGGCUUCGCCUUCCCCGGAUCUCAGGUGUACGUACACCCAGCGUCUCGGGGCGGGCCGGGCGCUGCGUUUCCGCAGAACGGAGGCGACACCCAAGGCUUCGCGGCAACAGGGGCGUUUGGGUCGGGAGGCGGUGGAACUUUUUCUUCGCAAUUCCAGCAGAGCGGUGAGACUCCGCAGAGCGCGACAGGCGUCGGGAGACCUGCCCCAGGAGGUGUCUGUACACCUGGCGGAGGCCCUGGAUACCCUUCUCCGUACCCCGGCUGUCAGGGUGGGUUCCCGCAGUACGUUUCGCCUCCUGCGUCGUCUUCUGCGCAGAUCUCUUCUUCGUCCUUCACGUGUGAAAAAAAGAGUCAGGCGGAAAGGACAGAGGACGAAGAACGGAGAGCGAAACGCGCGAAAGCCGAGCCUGGCGACGGCGUCUCUCCAGGUGCAUGCGGGACUCCGGGAGCGUCUCAGACCGCUGCGGCUGCGGAGCUGGGUUUCGCGCCGAACCGAGAAGAACGCGUUUCUGGACCUGUUGGAAACGAAGACCAGCGCGUCGCGAGCUUGCCUCGGAACGGCGCUCCAGUCCAAACACCCAAGACGGCGUCCUCUUCUGCUCACGCUUCUUCUGCCAGGCCGUCGUCCGUCCCCGCGUCGGCUUCUCACCCUUCUUCGCUCUCCUCUGGACUGCCUCCCUUGGAGGCUUUGCCGAUGGAUCAGCGCAUGGGGAGUCUGGUCGAGGACCUGGGCGCCUUCGGACUCGCUCAGUACCACUGCGACGUCUGCACGAAGGACAUCAGCACCGUGUGCCGCAUUCGCUGCGCAGAGUGCGAGGAUUUUGACUUGUGUGUCGCCUGCUUCUGCAUGGGUGCAGAGGUCGAGGGGAAGCCCCACCGAAACUCUCACAGAUACAUCCCGAUAGGAAGGAACGCGUUUCCUCUCCUCAGGCGCAACUGGACUGCCGACGAAGAGCUCAGACUCCUCGAAGGCGUUAGCAAAUACGGCUUCGGGAACUGGAAUGAUGUCGCGGACUUGGUGAAUAGCGUUGCGUUGACGGCGAAGACGAGUGCAGAGUGCGAGCAACACUACACAGAAGUGUACUUGAACUCUCGCACAUCGCCGCUUCCGGAUACUUCGGCACUGCUCAUGGGCCGAGACGGCGGCCCUCUGAAGCUGGCGGAAAUGGAGGAGGCGCAGAAGGAGCGUGGAACUCAGGAGACGUCGAAGACCGGCGAAGAAGAGAAAAAGGAAGGCGAAAACGCCGAACACGAUGAGGACGACGCGUCGCGACCAGCGGGCGGCGUUGCUCCGCCUUCGCGCGCAGGCACUGCGAAGCCGACUCACUCGAUUGUCGGCUACUGGCCUCUGCGCGGCGACUUCGACGUGGAGUAUGACAACGACGCAGAACUGAUUCUCGCCGACAUGGAGUUCAAGGAGGACGAAGCGGUGCAGGAGCGGUACUUGAAGUUGCAAAUCAUCGAAAUCUACAACAGCAAGCUCGACGAAAGACUCUACCGAAAGCGCACAGUCAUCAACAGGGGACUGCUGGACACCAAAACGCUGCACCAGCGAGAGAAGAAGCGAACGAAGGAAGAGCGAGACCUCCACAACCUGUUCAAACCUCUCGCCCGCUUCCACUCCGACGAAGAACAGGAACGCCUGGUGCAACUGCUGAUCGAAGAGAAGCGCAUUCGCGCCCGGUUGAGCAUGCUCCACGAGUGGAAAUCCCUCGGCCUCAAAACCGCAGACGACGUUGGGGAGUACGAGGGCGACAAGAGCUGGAGGGAACAGCUGCAGCGUUUCCGGGCCUCUGAGCUUUCUUCGCUCUUUUUCUCGGGCGGUUUGGCGAAUUUAUUUGCCAAGCACGCGACGGCGCAGCAGACGGGCAGGCCGCUGCCGCAUGCAGCCAGCGGCGCGAAACUGUGCAUGUCGCCAAGCGCCGCGGGGUGUGCUUACGCCGCCCCAGAGACGCCCUCGCCUGGCCCGACUGGCGGCGCGGGCGACACUCCGACCCACAGCAACGCGAGCAGUCCGAGCGCGGGGAGCGGCGCGAGUCUGUCGAUGCCUGUGUCGGUCGUGGAGAAAGGAAAUGGAGAGAAAGCGUUGGAGAAGGGAAAGCGCGAAGCGAAGGAGAAGGCCGACGACAAGGGCCGUUUCUUCAAGGGUGGCCGCAGCAGUCCCGGAGACAAAGAAGACGACACUCUGCCCAUUACAGCCUUCCCCGGCGCCGGCCUCCUGACGGAGAAAGAACGCGCCUUCUGCGAGGAUGCUCAACUGGCGCCCGUCUUCUAUUUGCUGGCGAAGCGUAUGCUUCUGCGGGAAAUGGCGAAGCACAAAAAAUUCAACGCUACCGAUUUCUCGAAACCGAUGGAACUGUACGUGAACCGAGUGGGGCAGCUGUACGACUUCUAUGUCAACGUGUCUGACUUCGCGCCCGCGGGUGUGUCGCCGAACAACACGGUGAGUUCUCGCGGUCCGGCGCUCGCCAUUUCGGGAAAUGCAGCUUCAGUGGUUUCACCUCGACCACCAGUGUCGCCACCAGCGAUGGGUUCCUCCGUUGGCGGAGCUGCGCCCGUGACUGCUGCUUUCUACCGGACGGUGGCUGGUGCGACACCUGGAAUCGAACCCGUCUACAACACAGUAAACGGCGGGGUGGCUCUCCAGCCUUCUUCUGGAUACGCUCACCCCGCAGUUUCUGCGAAGCAUGAUGCUGGCACUGGGCCUCUGUGCGGCUCUCCUCAUGGCAGAACGAAUCAGGGAGAUCUGGGUUUACUGACGGAGGCGCGGGAUGCGUGCUAAGAACUUCAGAAUUUCUGAGAUAAUGGGGUGCGAGCGAGAGGCGGUGGACUUGUGCUGUCCAGAAAGCGAAACGUUUGGCAUUGACGCUGCCGCAAGACAGGAAAUGUUCUGGGGUUUCACGCGAAACGCAUGACACGCAUGCGGGAUGUGUGUCACGGGCGAUAUACUUUCCCGGAUUCAAAAAAACAGUGACUCGGGAUAUUCCAGUUUUCUGGGGAAACAGUGCUUUUCCACAUCGCGAACCAAAACUCUUGCGAUCCUCAGUGAAAGGGGAACCACGUGCGCGUCGUCAGCUAAUCGGCUCUUGCACUGACACGACUUUGAUUGCCGGUUUUUUCAUUAUUCACGACCGGGAGGAGCAGAAGUGUUUUUCCUUAGUAUGGGUAAUUGCAGCGUCUUGAAUCUUGCUGACCACAUUGGAACUCACGCGUACGAUCGUUGCUGUUUCAGAAACGUCGCAUUCUGACGCAUUUUAGUAGAGCAG